UUGCUUAAAGUUUACCAGAACAACUUUGUGCCUGGGCAGCGCCGAGGAGGAAUCACCCUCACGGUAAACGGGAUUAAAGGGAACCAAAUCCUCUGAACUGGGGGAAGAAUCCGUGGGAAGAUGCCCUCCAGGAAGAAAACAUCCAUGUUUGCCUCUGCUUUUUGUGCCUGUGUCAGCUCCUUCGUGGUGAUCUGCGUGGUGCUGGCCACCCCGCAGUGGGUGAGCAGCGAGGUUCGCUUCUCGCGCACCGGCUCCAACGUCACCGUCAGCCUCCAGUACGGCCUCUUCAGGGGCACCUGCGAGCAGUUCGUGGAUGCAGGACUCCAGGUGUCCAAAAUGACCUUCCAAGUCGCGGACGCCCUGAGCAGCAGCAGCAGGAGGAGCCUGAACAUCGCCACCAUCGCGGUGCUGGUGCUGGCUCUGCUCAGCUCCCUGCUCAGCGCCGGCUUCACCUGCACCAACAGCGUCAGCAACCCCUACCAGACAUUCCUGGGACCUGUGGGAGUCUACACCUGGAAUUCCAUGUGUGGAGCCCUCGUCCUCAUAGCCAUGAUCCUUUUCCCUGUGAACGUGCAAGGGAACAGCCUGUCUGAAGAGCUGGCCCAGGGAUGUUCCACCUCCCUGCAGGGACACAUCGGAUCCAGACACAGCUAUGGAUAUUCCUACUGGAUCAUGCUGCUCGUCCUUCUCCUCAACAUCGCUUCCCUCGUCAUCAUCUAUCUCUACGACCACUCCAGAUAUUCCAAGAAGAAAGAGCAGGCAAGGCCCAUUGAAGACGCCCCAAAGGAUGUUAUUCUGUUUUAAGGACGCCUUGGGAGAGGGGGUGUGGAGGAAAAUGACUGGAAUUGGACAGCAAAUUUCCAUUUGCUCUGGAGUGUGUGCACACUUCCAUCCCCAGAUGGUCUGGAGGACACCACGGCCUGUUUUGGUUUUAGCUGCCGCUGUUUUAGUCGUGUGGGAUUUGGGAUCCCUUGGAAUGAGAGGAAUGGUCACUGAGCUGCUGCUGCUGCUGCUCCCUGUUCUCCUUGCUGUGCUUUGGGAUCUCCUGCAGGUCUGGAGGCUCCUGGCCAUGGCAGAACUUGUGGCCAAAUCCAGAGGGCACGGGGCGGAGUGCCGUGCCUGGAGGGAUGUCACAGCCUGUGGCACUGGGGGACACCUGGACUCGCUGGCUUCUCCAACCCAAAUGAUUCAACAGCUCCAGCACAGCAGAGAAGCCCAGCAUCUACAGGUUAUUAAUUAAUCAUUAAUUAUUAAUGCACAGAAACAUCAGGAAAAUCCUGUUUGACCUUUGAGCUGAGGGCAGAGCCACACCUCGGACAGGCGUGCCCGGCCCCUCUCCACACAGCUGUCCCUGGCACAAGGUGUCCCCAGCUGGAUGAUCAGGGGUGGUUUGGGGCCAGAACCACGCCUUUGCCCAUUUUAAGGAGUAUUUUGUGUGCUCACAAGGACACACGGCUGCAGAACUGCCCAGGAGUGAGGGAGCUCCCUCCUCAUCCCUCCCAGAAAAGUGAGCAGCGGGACCUUGGGGCAGAUCCAAAGUGCAAAAUCCUGCUCAGAGCACGUGGUCAGCACUUCUGCUCCUUUGCCUCUCACCUCUGCAGCCAGGAGAGACUUUUUUAUUCCUUUAAAAAGAAAGAAAAAAGCCUCCCUUUCCUUCCCAGUGUGAUUUUUACUCAUGCUCCACGUCUGCCCUGCUAUACAAGAGGUGCUGGUGGAGACAAGAAUGCGUUUUGGAGAGGGGAUGAGGAGAUACAAGAGGUGAAUCCUCACUAUUUAUGUCAGAAAAAUCAAGUUUGGGGAUGAAAGCAGCCAGCACUUUGUGCAGCUGUGCUCUUUCAAAGGAACCAAAGCAGAGGGAUUUUCCACCCAGCUUCAAAGGGUGGUGAGGGCAGAGUGGGGAAUAAAAUAAAAAUAAAAGAGGGUUUCUAAGACUUGAGGGGUGGCACAGGUCAACAAAAUCAGGGCUGAUCUUUGCUCUGCGUGCCUGGAAGUGCUGGGGAGCACUGUAAACGUUAUGGUGGAGCCAAACAUUUCCCAGCUUUGCUUUGGCUGCAAAAAAUUUCACAGUUUCAGCGUUCAUCUGUCGGUGUUGGGCCCAGCCAGCAUCCAUCACACACCACAGCUCUGCUGAGAGUGGUCUGGUGGAGGGAUAGAGAAAGAAUAAUGCAGGAGGAGCAAGAAUUCCAGCUCUGGGGAACGGGAGCCUCCCCUUGCCUGGGAGUUUCUGCUGCAACUAAGCACUGAUUUGGGAAAUAAAAUAAAUCCUGCUUUUGGAUGCCUGUGGGGAGCACGUGGCUCUGUCAAAAA